AUGCACAUGCUAUGUAAUGUAUCUUCCAUUCUUUGGGGCAAACACAUUGCAGAUUCACAAGGUUACACUUUGCACACCAAGACAAAGUGUUUGAUACCUUACCAAGAGAGAGAUCUAUAUUAUGAAAGAAAGAAAGAAAUUGUAAUUCAUCCUCCCUCUCUCAAAGGAUUAAAAAAAAAGAAACUAUUGAGAGACAUUGUUGAAAAAGGAGCUGCUAUUAAAUAUAAAAAGAGGACACUGGUGGAGGUGCACAGAUUCCCUAAGCAGCCAUACUGUAAAUCCAUGUACCAACAAUAUCACCCACCAUUAAAGGAAGACUAUAGCAAAACAUGGAAAUCCAUUGGGAGAGGAAGUUUUAUGGAGAGGAUCAUGCUGGUGGUGUUGCUGCUGCUCACACUGCUGUGCCAUACCGUAUGCAAGACGCAUUCCAUUAAUUGCAGCAUAUUUGAUGACCCCCUCCCUAUUCCUCAUGGAUUUUAUCAGCCUGGUGACUUUCUCAUUGGUGAGAUUGUUUCUCAGAUCUUCUUCCACUAUAACAUCCUCUCUUUCAUGGAACAGCCUUCACAGACCAUGAUUGAUGAACCUUUUGAUGUUCUCAGUGAUAAAAAUGAAGUGAAUGACAUAGCAAGAAUACCACUGGAGAAAUGGCAAGAGAACUCACUCUACAUCUCUAUUCCUUGGAUUGGAUUUGAAAAUGAUAAGAAGCACGUCAUAGUGCCCCCCAUGGUUCUGAGGCAUGGCUUUUCUGUGCCUAAAAGCUAUCAGUACGUCCUGGCCUUAGCAUUUGCUGUAAAGGAGAUCAAUGAGAACCCAAACAUCUUAUCAAAUAUAUCUCUAGGAUUCCACAUCCUUAAUAGCUAUUAUGCUGCAAGGAUGACCUAUAAGGCCACUCUCAGCCUGCUUUCCACACAACAUAGGUUUGUUCCCAACUUCAAGUGUGACACCCAGAACAAUCUGAUAGCUCUUAUUGGAGGAUGUAUCUCUGAGAUCUCUGCCAAUAUGGCCAUCAUCUCAGCAAUCCACAAGAUUCCACAGCUCACUUAUGGAUCAUUUUUGCCACUCAAAGGUGCCAAAAUGCUGUUCCCCUUUUUGUACCAGAUGGUCCCAAAUGAAAUCCAUCAACACAAAGGGGUUGUGCAGUUACUUCUGUAUUUGAGAUGGACAUGGAUUGGGCUCUUGGCUGUCAAUGAUGACAAAGGGGACAGGUUUUUACAGACAAUGGUACCAAUGCUUUCCCAGAAUGAUAUCUGUUAUGCCUUCAUAGCAAGAGUACCAAAAUGGGAUUAUGUUGAUGAGAUGAUAGGCUAUGCUUUCCAGCAUUCUUAUGCAAUGGUCUUUGAAAGAAACCCCAGUGUAUUAUUUGUUUAUGGAGAACCUCCAUCCUUUCAGGUUGUGAGAUUAAUGCUGUUUGUAGCACCUGCAAUGGACUAUCCACCUCUGGGUAAAGUCUGGAUGGUUACGUCCCACUGGGAUUUUGCAUCAUUAUCUGUUCAGAAGACUUGGGAUAUGCAAGACUUCCAUGGUUCCAUAUCCUUCACAGUUCACUCAAAUCAGCCAUUAGGAUUUAAAAAAUUCAUUCACAUGUUAUGCCCUUCUUGGGCCAAAGGAGAUGGUUUUAUCCAGGACUUCUGGGAACAGUCAUUUGGUUGUUCAUUAAAACUGUCCAAGCAACAGGAGGAGGAAGAAGAGAAACCCUGCACUGGGGAGGAAAAGCUGGAGAGUCUUCCUGGAAUUUUGUUUGAAAUGCCCAUGACUGGCCACAGUUACAAUGUCUACAAUGCUGUCUAUGCUGUGGCACAUGCUUUGCAUGCCAUGUUCAAAUCCAAACCCAAAUACAAAAAGUUGGUAGAAGGAGAAAAACUGACAGUACACAAUAUGCAACCAUGGCAGGUCCAUCAUUUUCUAAGGAGUCUUAUGUUCAAUAACAGUGCUGGAGACACUGUGCACUUUGAUGAAAAUGGAGAAUUAGUUGCAAUUUUUGAUGUUACAAACUGGGUGAUGUUCCCCAAUGGCUCCUUAGUUCGAGUGAAAGUUGGGAAACUAGAACCUCAGGCUCCUCCAGGCAUGGAAUUAAGCAUUCAUGAUAACCAAAUAGUUUGGCAUCAAAGUUUUAAUCAGAUGCUGCCCGUUUCUGUAUGCAAUGACUACUGCUAUCCUGGCUACAGCAAGCAAAUGAAAGGAGAGAAAUUUUGCUGCUAUGAUUGUGCUCCAUGUCCAGAAGGAUUGAUCUCUCACAGGAAGGAUAUGGACUCCUGUGUCAAAUGCCCAGAGGAUGAGUAUCCAAGCAAGGACAAAACUCAAUGUAUUCCCAAGGUUGUAAGCUACCUGUCUUACAAAGAAAAAUUAGGGAUCAUCUUAGUUAUCAUGGCUAUUUUUUUAUCAUUCCUCACCACUUUAGUCCUUCGAACUUUUGUGAAGUACAAGGACACUCCCAUUGUCAAAGCCAACAACCGGACCCUCACCUACAUACUCCUCAUUUCCCUCCUCCUUUGCUUCCUCUGCUCCUUACUCUUUAUUGGAGAACCUACAACUAUAAUCUGCCUUCUCCGACAAAUGAUUUUUGGCAUUGUCUUCUCUGUGGCCCUUUCUUCUGUGUUAGCAAAGACCAUUACUGUGGUUCUUGCAUUCAUGGCAACCAAACCAGGAUCCAGGAUGAGGAAAUGGGUUGGAAAAAGACUGGCAAGUUCUAUUGUUCUUUCCUGCUCCUUUAUUCAAGCUGGCAUUUGCACUCUUUGGUUAAGUACCUCCCCUCCAUUCCCAGAUGCGGACAUGCACUCAGUGAAUGGGAAAAUCAUAUUGGAAUGUAAUGAGGGUUCAUCUGUCCUGUUUUACUGUGUAUUGGGCUAUAUGGGUUUCCAGGCCAUUGUAACUUUCAUAGUAGCUUUUCUAGCCAGGAAAUUACCUGACAGUUUCAAUGAGGCCAAAUUUAUUACAUUCAGCAUGUUGGUGUUUUGCAGUGUUUGGUUGUCCUUUGUUCCAACCUACCUGAGCACCAAAGGUAAAUAUAUGGUUGCUGUGGAGAUUUUCUCCAUCUUGUCCUCCUGUGCUGGGUUAUUGGGCUUCAUCUUCUUCCCUAAAUACUACAUCAUUAUGCUGAGGCCUGAUCUGAACCACAGGGAGCAACUAAUAAACAGGAAACAUAAAAGCAACUAA